AUGUCUGAAAAUUGGGUUCAACUUCAAGCUGAAGAAAUUGAAGCAUUAAAUAGUAUUUUUGAUGAAAAACAAUGGAAACAAGAUGAAAAUGAUACAGAACUGACAUAUACAUUAACUAUGAAUCAUCGACCUGAACGAGCAAUUAGUCUAGAUUUAACAUUCAUUGAUGGUUAUCCAACAGAACAACCACUUAUUUAUAAUAUAAGAGGACCAUGGUUAAGAGGUCAAGAACGACAAGAAUUAACAAAUAUUUUAGAAAACAUUUAUUUAAAUAAUAUUGGUAAACCAGUAGCUUUUUUAUGGGCUGAUGCUCUUCGAGAUUUUGUUGAUAAACCAUCAGAUAUCAAUGAAACUGUUCAUAUGAAUACAACUGAACCAAUCGUUGACCAAUGUGUAUUACCAAUAGUCGAAACAAUUCUACCACCUAUAUAUAGUGAUGAACCAUUUGAAGAUCGUAAAAGUGUUUUUCAAGCACAUUUAAGUCCUGUACAUAGUAAAGAAGAAGUUCAACUUGUUCUCCAUAAAUUAAAAGAAAAUAAAAAAAUUGCUAAUGCCACUCAUAAUAUAUAUGCAUAUAGAAUAUGGGAUGAAAAACGUAAUGUAAUUUUAACAGAUUGUGAUGAUGAUGGUGAAACAGGUGCAUCCAGUCGAAUGCUUCAUUUAAUGGAUACUGUAGAUGUUAAAAAUGUCCUAGUCGUGGUGUCAAGAUGGUUUGGUGGUAUACUUUUGCAUAAUGAUCGAUUUAAACAUAUUAAUAAUGCAUGUCGAAUGAUAUUAAUUAAUCAUGAUUAUAUAAAAAAAGUUCCCGACACAAUAAAAAACAAAUCGAAAAAAUCAUCUUAA